CGAAAUUCCAUUCCAUUGUAACAAUCAUGCCAUAAGAGUAAAAUUAGAAUUAAUGUAAGGUUUGAUUGUUCAAGAUGCUUGAAGGAAACUUAAGUUCAAAAGGGACAGCAGCCUUCCCAUUUCUCAAAAUCCUAAACCCUUGAUACCGGUGAGACUGAAAGAGUCUGCGGACGACGAAAAAGCGAUUUACGAGAUGAAGAAAGUAUUUGGGUUGAUGAAAGAUAAGGAACCCUCUCCAUCCAUUCGAGAUACCUCCGAACAGAUUUCUAAACGAGGUGAUAGUAUUGGAGAAAAGAUUAAGAAACUUGAUGCUGAACUAGCCAGAUACAAAGAGCAGAUGAAGAGGAUACGGCCAGGUCCUGCCCAAGAAGCUGUCAAAGCUAGAGCCAUCAGAAUUCUUAAACAAAAAAGAACGUAUGAAGCUCAACGUGAUAUGCUGUACAAUCAGACAUUAAAGCUAGAUCAAGCCUCAUUUGCUGCUGAUGAGCUAAAAGAUGCGCAACAAACACAACCCAUAGGGCAAAGUUCGAGACUUGUGACACGAAGCUUAUUCUGUAACGUGCUCGGAACGUGCUGCCUGCCUCCUUAGACGUAGGAGGACCACCUAUUCUUCUCAAAGAAGAUUUUCCAUCGCCUUUAUGCACUGCCGCGCUUCAUCAGUAUCUGCUACAUUCAAUGAGAUGUCAGCUUUCAAGUCCGCAAACAGGGAACUCAAUGAAUGAUGAAGACAGUUCUGUAUAUAUUUCUGGAUGUUCACAAAUUCUGCUAGUUAAGCCUGCAAUGUGGAUAUAUUAUUGGUAGAACUUGCAAGAUGAGAUGAUGGACCUCAUGGGCGUGAGCUAUGACAUAGUAGAGUCCCUAUUCCCUUUGGUCGACCUGAUGACAUUGAUAAGGUGAAUAUUGGCUGGUACCUUCCUUGUGGCCUCUGCUUUUGAGUGUUUAACGAUCUUUUGAAUCUCAACUGCUUUAGUGGGUUUGAGAGUGAAGGUGAUGGAGAAUACUUGCUUACAUUUUAUCUGCAAGCACAACGCAACUUUGCCAUCAGCACCAUCCGGGAUUGGUCUGGUUCCAGAUGGAAAAACAAACUUUGAGGUAAUUUCAUAUUGAUCUACAAGGCAUUAUUUCCUAUUUACUCUUUGCUACAUUCGAGAAGCUCCUAAUUUUUCUGAGUGAAAUUUGGUUUGUUUUCUUAGCGCGGUUAUAUUUCUUGUUUUCUAUUGUUCGCUUGCAUGAUAUUAGGUGAAAUCAAUUCUAGAUAAAAAUUGUAAUCUUUGCCAAGCUGUUUUUUUUUUUUUUU